CGCCGUGGUCCGAUAGGCCGCGGAAGGGCGUCUUCCGGUUGAGGGCGGGCCCCGCAGGGUGGCGGGAAAGCCGCGGUCGCGGCGCCUCCUCUGAGAAGCUGAGGGGCAGGAGCCGAGCCGCUCGCCGCCAUGGAUGCGGCCGAGGUGGAGUUUCUGGCCGAGAAGGAGCUGGUGACCAUCAUCCCAAACUUCAGUCUGGACAAGAUCUACCUGAUCGGGGGCAACCUGGGGCCCUUCAACCCUGGCCUGCCGGUCGACGUGCCCCUGUGGCUGGCCGUCAACUUGAAGCAGAGACAGAAGUGCCGACUGCUGCCUCCCGAGUGGAUGGAUGUAGGGGCAUCUGCAGCAACGAGCCCCACCAGACCUGACCCCGUGGAGAUCCAUUACCAGGCUGGAUUUCUGGACGGCCUCCGGCUGGCCCAUGCCGAAGAGAAGUUGGAGCAGGUAAGGGAUCAGGAACGGAAGGAGGAGACAUUCACCCCUGUGCCCAGCCCAUACUACAUGGAGCUCACCAAACUCCUGCUGAACCAUGCCUCUGACAACAUCCCCAAAGCAGACGAGAUCCGGACUCUGAUCAAGGAUCUGUGGGACACACGCAUGGCCAAACUCCGGGUGUCUGCUGACAGCUUUGUGCGACAACAGGAGGCACAUGCCAAGCUGGAUAACCUGACCUUGAUGGAGAUCAACACCAGCGGGGCCUUCCUCACCCAGGCGCUCAAUCACAUGUACAAGCUGCGCACAAACCUCCAGCCCUCAGUCAGCGCCCAGUCUCAGGACUUCUAAGAGGCCUGCGUGCAGAGCUGGUCUGCUGGCAGGCUUGCUAUGCAUGCCUGGCUGGGCAGAGCAGCUUAUGGUUGGAGAGAUCGGAAACACUGAUGGAAACUGAUGACAGAGGGGUCACAGUGGGGCUGGGGGAGCAGUGAGCUAACCCUCAGCCUUUUCCGAAUUCAGACGUUCAGUUCCCACUUAAGUCCUGAAGCCCCUUUUUUAUGGAGAAAGUAAAUCCGAGGGUCCUGAUGUGUCAGGCUGUGGGUGUUCUGUGGCUAUUCUGUGGCUAGUGGAGUUACAGUGGGACGGGGCGGCCUGCAGCCAGGGGCUUUUCCCCUUGACCCCGUAAGUUUAGAGUCUCCUGCAGAGCUUCUCAUGCACAAGGUGAGUGGCUGAUACGCUGACCCAUGUCUUGCCAUGUAAACCCCAAUCAGCAAUAAAAAUAUCCUCAGGACAA